AUGGUGAUGCUGAGAAAUCCAUCACCGCUGCGAGGCGAAACUGCGCCGAAGAAUUCAACAAAAUUUGAACAAAAAAGGGUUGGUAGAAAGUCAAGAGGUACCAGUCCAAGUGGAAGUUCAACAGGAUCUCGUGGAAGUAGUCCAGGAAAAAUAAGUUUAAAUUCCAAAGGACUGCGUAAAAGCCCAUCCCUUGGAUCUAGAGGAAGCGAAACUGGGAGUAUAGAAAGACUUAAUGAUGGAGACCGAAGAGCGAUUGCCUCAAAACACAUACUUCCAGAGGAUAACAUCAAUGUUGUCAUUAGAGUGCGUCCGCUCAGCAAUAAGGAAAUUAAAACCGGCGAUGACAUGGCCGUUCAAUUUCCUGGUGGAGGCCAGAUAUACUGCGAUGGCUUUGCUCAUAGCACGGACAAGAAGGCGAAGCUAUUUUCUUAUAAUGUUGUGUUCGAACCUGCAGCCUCUCAGGAGGAUAUUUUAUUAUAUUCCGGUAUUAAAAAGCUAAUAGAGAUGGCAGUCGAGGGUUUCAGUUGUACGGUGUUCUGUUACGGCCAAACCGGAAGUGGCAAGACACAUACACUUACGGGACCGCCUGGACUGUUUAAGCGCAUGAAUCCCUACUCGGAGGAUCAUGGACUGGUCUUCCGCUCAUUUGUCUACCUCUUUAAAAUCCUGCAGGACCGGCGGGAAUGUAAUUUUGUCUUGAAAGCAUCCUUUUUGGAGAUUUAUAACGAGAAGGUUAUAGAUCUACUAAACCCAGGCUCCAGAAAGCCACUUGCUGUCCGGUGGAGUAAAAAGUCACGUGGAUUUUUUGUUGAAAACCUUUUCACCGUUCAAUGUGAAGAGUUUGACGACCUUUUAGCUGUGUUAGAAGAAGGAAUGAGAAAUAGAGCUGUCGGUUCGCACAAUAUGAAUGAUCAUUCUAGUAGAAGCCAUACAAUAUUGACUGUUCACAUAACUUCCGAACAACAGAUGGAGAAUGGCGUUUUCAUUACCAGGCAGGGAAAGAUCAACUUUGUUGACUUAGCUGGUAGUGAAAUGACAAAAAAGACACAAAGUGAGGGGAAAACUCUAGAGGAGGCAAACAACAUUAAUAAAAGUCUGAUGGUUUUAGGUUAUUGCAUCGCAUCUUUAAGCGACGGUAAGAAAAAAAGUGGACACAUUCCAUAUCGGGAUAGUAAAUUAACCAAAUUAUUAGCGGAUAGUCUUGCUGGGAAUGGAGUUUCUCUUAUGAUUGCGUGUAUAUCGCCGGCUCGUUCAAAUGCAAGUGAAACAUUAAAUACUUUACGAUAUGCUUCGAGGACAAAAAAAAUCCGUACCAAACCAAUUGUAGUAAUGGAUCCAAGAGAAGCUUUAAUUAUAAGUUUAAAGCGAGAAGUCAAUGCGCUUCAAACGGAAAAUGAUCAUCUUAGAGCAGCUCUUCAUCUUGGAAGUGAUGCCUCUAACAUAAGUCGCAGUGAGUCUAAAGCCGAAAGCCGAGUGCCAAAAACUCCACCGGUAGAUCUGGAUAAGUUAGCCGAACUGGAAAAUUCAGAAUUAAGCCAACUCAUUCGAGCUUAUAUGAAUGAAAAUGAAGCCUUGCGUCGUGAAAAUGCAGAACUUUAUUCCACACGUGAGCAAGUAAUACGCGAUCAAGAAGUUGUUUGUAAGGAAAACGAGAGGCUUUUGAAAAAACUAGAGGAUGUGAAUUCGGUAUGUUGUCGAUCUCCCAUUAUACCAGCAAGACCAGCGUACUCUUCGGAAAUGCUAAAUGGAUCGAACAAUGAAGAUCUUCCAGGUGCAACAAAUAUAUGGACUAAUCCCUAUCCAGAUUCGGCUGUACCAAAUUAUUCAAUCUCGAGGGAUCUGCUGGACGGAAGUGGGCUCUCAAAAUAUGGGAGUGUUAUGCCCCAAAAAGUACUGAAAGAACUGGACAAGAGGCGAAUUAUGGGUAGCGUGAAUAAUAUUGCCGAAGCUUACAAAGAUAAGAGUCAUCAUCGUCGUCAUAAUUCCUGGGACAAUGGAAAUAGAUCUUCAACCAGUCCGGACCAAACCACUUCUCCAGUGAAUGGCAGUCGUCAGAAAAGGUCGACAUUGCGUCGAACGUCGACGGUUCCUGAAGAAAAAACCUCGUCGAAAAUCAACGAAGUCUUGGGCGGACCUGUUUUUCCAAGUGCCCAAUCUUUAAAUGGUACUCCAGAUUCUAUUUUGAGCGGGUCACUUCUGGAGGGUGGAUCAUCGGCUCCAGACUCAGCAGAAUCAGAAGCACCGACUGCUGCAUUUCCAAUUAUUUCAAGAUCGUCUUCACCAUUCACGACCCCAGAAUCCGACGAAUAUUUUCGUGAUUCAAAAUUUUCGAGAGGAUCCUCAAGAAGGAGUAAUAGUUCCAGUAGGGAAAAACGAAAACGCUCAAAAGAAAAUAUAAAUCGUGCCUUUGGUAGUCCUAUUGCGCCAGAUGAACAAUUUCAUUUGCAGCCCAUUUAAAUUUAUCAGGGUGGCCACUGAACCGGAAAAUCGGGAAAUGACCGGGAAUUUUUUGAAACAGUAAAAUGGCAGUAAAUUUAUUUUUUCAAAAUUAAAAAAAUUUUCUAUCUAAAAAAAAGGGGUGUAUGUCAUAUUUCUUGAAAAUUUCACAAGAACUGUUGUUGAAAAACUGGAAAUAAUCCCUUUUAUUAAGAAGAAUUACAAAAAACCUUUUGCGAAAUAAAAAAAAUGAGCUUUUUAAUUAUAAUCAUGCGCGGCUAAAUUAAAACUUUCAAAUUAUCUAAUAAAUUAUUGUAAAUAUCAUAAAUGUUUCAUGUCAGUGCCUUUUGCCGGAAAUUAGUAUUUUUCUAAGAAAUUGAAUAUAGAUUCCUUAAUCCAUUUUGAACAAUUUCAGGUUAAGUUACCGUUUUAGAAAGCAAAUGUGUAUUUU